UAACUGUAAAAUUUCGGCGCUCAAAACCCAGUGCCAGUUAAACCCGACCCCCGCGUAGUUCGGUAUUUCCUUUACUUUUUUGUUCCUUACAUACAUAAAGAAUCGAGGGACAACGAUAAAUGAACGAUUUGAUCGAGUUGACUAAUAAACUACAGGCUGUAGUUUCCUCGGUUGGAGCUGACAAUACACUCGACUUGCCUUUGAUUACCGUAGUAGGUUCACAAUCCUCUGGUAAAUCGUCUGUUCUCGAAACCUUAGUGCAGCGUGACUUUUUACCGCGCGGAAGUGGGAUUGUUACAAGAAGACCCUUGAUUCUUCAACUGGUUACUUUACAACAAUCCGAUGCAUUAGAAUACGGUGAAUUUUUACAUAUUAAGGACAAAAAGUUCUUUGAUUUUAGCGAAAUCAGACAAGAGAUUGAGCGUGAAACAGGACGUUUGGCAGGUGGCAAUAAAGGCAUUUCGAGGAUGCCAAUCCAUCUUCGAAUUUACUCUCCAAAAGUGCUCAAUUUGACUCUGGUUGAUCUUCCCGGUUUGACAAAGAUUCCUAUUGGCGAUCAACCAAAUGAUAUUGAAAAGCAAAUUCGUAAUCUCGUCAUGGACUUUAUUUCCAACCCAAAUAGUAUUAUAUUGGCUGUUACACCUGCAAAUUCGGAUUUAGUCAACUCUGAUAGUCUGAAAAUUGCCAGACAAGUUGAUCCUGAGGGUAAAAGAACCAUUGGUGUACUUACGAAAUUGGAUUUGAUGGAUGCUGGAACAAAUGCUUUGGAUAUUUUAUCAGGAAGAUCUUAUCCUUUAAAACUUGGUUUCAUCGGUGUCGUUAACCGAAGUCAACAAGAUAUAUUAACCAAUAAGCCAAUGGCAAAUGCACUUGAGGCUGAAAAUGACUUCUUUAAUCAGCAUCCUGCUUACAGAAGUGUAGCUGCUCGAUGUGGAACUCAAUACCUCAGUAAACAACUCAACACUAUCCUUCUUGCUCAUAUAAAAGAAAAGUUGCCCGAGUUAAGGACUAAAUUAAGUACACUUAUCAGUCAAACACAGCAAGAAUUAAGUCAAUAUGGUGAACCUACUCGAUCAACUGAACCACUUCAUCGAGGACCAUUAAUAUUGCGUAUGUUAACCAAGUUCUCCAAUGAUUUUGUUGCCGCGAUCGAUGGCACAUCAGCUGAAAUGUCGACAAAGGAAUUAUGUGGUGGUGCUCGUAUAUAUUAUAUUUUUAAUAAUGUAUUUGGACAUGCAUUAGAUGCUAUACCCGCCUGUUCGAAUCUUUCGAAUCAUGAUAUUCGUACUGCCAUCAGAAAUUCAACCGGCCCUCGACCUUCUUUGUUUGUUCCAGAAUUGGCAUUUGAUUUAUUGGUACGACCUCAAAUCAAGCUAUUGGAAGCCCCCAGUUUAAGAUGUGUUGAGUUGGUCUAUGAAGAAUUAAUGAAAGUUUGCCACAACUCUGAUACAAAGGAGCUGCUGAGAUACCCCAGACUUCAUCAACGACUUGUGGAUGUUGUUUCAGAAUUAUUAAGAGAAAGACUUAGUCCUACGUCAUCUUAUGUUGAGAGUUUAAUUUCUAUUGAAAGAGCCUACAUCAAUACAAACCAUCCCGAUUUUUUGGGUGCAGCAGGUGCCAUGGCUAACCUGGAAACCGAAUCUAAAAAGAAGAAAAAGACAGAAAGCAAGCGCAAGAAUCGUAUGUCACCCACUUCGUUUGAGUCGAAAAAUGGUAGAUCAGGAUCUAUAGAUAAUGGAUCUAUAAACUUGGAGAACAGCGAUAGUGUUGACUCGUCUUCAGCACCGAAAGAUUCCUUUUUAAACUAUUUCUUUGGGGGUGCAGGUAAAAAUGAAAGGCCUGCGCUUGGCUCACAAGAAAUGAUGACCAAAGCUCAAUAUGCUCCUCCUAUGUCCGUGAAUAGUAUGAUGGAAAGUGAAAUGGUUAAAAAAUUGGAACAGGCAUCCUUAAAUAAUGACGGGCCCAUUGUACCAACCGAUAGAGAGGAAUUAGAAACACACUUAAUUCGUACUUUAAUCACUAGUUAUUUCAAUAUUGUUCGAAAGAACAUCCAAGAUUUAGUACCCAAAUCUGUAAUGCACUUAUUGGUUAACUACUCACGAGAAUCGGUACAAAACAGACUUGUAGCUGCGCUUUAUAAGGAAGAAAAUUUUGAUGACUUGUUACAAGAGGAUGAUACAAUUUCUACAGAAAGAGAAAAAUGCAAAGCAAUGCUAAAUGUUUAUAAGCAAGCUUUUGAAAUUAUUAAGAACUCAUUGUAAUACUAAUUAGACAGACAUUCGAUCACUAUAAUUGAACCUUCCUAAUAAAUAAAUAUAUUUAUACAUAUAA